AUGGCGUUGGAGGUGGAGGCGUCCGGGGCUCCCCUGAGCUCUUUCCUGAGGGACUUCCCAUCUCCGCUGGGUCCGGGGGAGCCGCUGCCGUGGAGCUCGGCGGGGACCGGCUCCCUGAGCAAGGCCGAGGUGCCGGGCGCGCUGGCCGACCGGGCGAGGAGCCUCCUGAUCAGCAGAGGUGUUGCACCACUUCUUGCAGCAUCAUUGAUCCAUGCUGCACUUGAUGAAGUUCUCCAAACAGACUUGACUGAAUUUCAGCAGCAAAGUGUGGAGACAGAGGAAGGAGGAGAUGAAGAAAGGUUCACCUUGCUGGAUGGAGAGUCGUUGCAGCGCUGCUUCUUCAACAAGCUUCGGGAUAUUUGCUGUGAGUGGCAGAAGCAGCUGCCACCACUGAGGCCACUGAGGAGGUUCCUGCUUGUUUCUGUCCAUGCCAUCCGGAACACUCGGCGGAAAAUGGAGGACCGGCACGUUCUGCUCCCAGAGUUCAAUCAGCUCUUUGGUUUAGCAGAUGAAGUGGAUCGUGCUUACUUUGCAGUAUUUGAUGGCCAUGGUGGAGUGGAUGCUGCUGAUUAUUCAGCAACCCAUUUACAUGUAAAUGUUGGGCUGCACAAAGAAUUUGUUAAGAAUCCAGCUGAGGCCUUGAAAUGCUCUUUCCAGAAGACAGACGAAAUGUUUCUUGUCAAAGCCAAAAGAGAGAAGCUGCGCAGUGGUACAACAGGUGUGUCUGCCUUGAUUGUAGGGAGCAAGCUACACAUAGCAUGGCUUGGGGACUCACAGGUCAUGCUUGUGCAGCAAGGAAAAGCUGUGACGUUAAUGGAACCUCACAAACCAGAACGAGAAGAUGAGAGAGCACGCAUUGAGGCUCUGGGUGGUUGUGUGACCUAUAUGGACUGCUGGCGAGUUAAUGGCACCUUGGCUGUUUCUAGAGCAAUUGGGGAUGUAUGCCAGAAGCCCUAUAUCUCUGGUGAUGCAGAUGGAGAUUCAUUUGAGCUGACUGGCUCUGAAGAUUACUUGCUCCUAGCCUGCGAUGGAUUCUUUGAUGCUGUCAAGCCAUAUGAGGUUGUAGACUUGGUCCUAGAUCAUUUAAUGCAAACCAAAGGAGUGGGUCUUAAUGCAGCAGAAAGACUGGUGGCUGCUGCAAAAGAAAAUGGAUCCAGUGAUAACAUCACUGUUCUAGUGGUGUUCUUGAGGGAUCCUCAGGACAUCUUGGCAGGCUGUCUCAGAGACCCUAAGAACCUUGAGGCCGGUGAUGAUGCUCGGAGUUCACCCUUUAAUUUCCUCAGCUGUGAGGCAGCAGCCACACAGUGA